AUGAAGUAUUCCAUUUGCUUCCUUUUGGCCAUUGCCCUUGUGGGUCUGGCUUCUUCAUUAGUCUAUGCCUCUGAUCCAAGCCCUCUUCAGGAUUUCUGUGUUGCGGUCAAUGAUUCCAAUGCUGCUGGCACUCUCUAUGUCGGCUUCGUGACUUCCAAUCCUGCAAAUCCAAACGUGAAGAACAAGCUCUUUACCAAAAUACUGCAUCCUGGAGAUGUUUUUGUCUUCCCUGAAGGCCUCGUUCAUUUCCAGUUUAAUGUUGGGAAGAAGAAGGCGGUUGCAUUCGCGGGUCUAAGCAGUCAAAAUCCUGGAGUCAUAACCAUUGCAAAUGCUGUUUUUGGAUCAGAUCCUCCCAUUUCUCGAGANGAGGGAAAACACGGCAUCCAUUUUUUGUAG